GGUGUACUUCGGUCGCGUGUCAUAUUUGAUCAGGCCCAGUCCACCAGCUACGAGAUGAAUGUGACCGGGUUUGAUUGCCACGCUCCAGUUCCUCGUCGAUCAACCGUACCUGUAACCGUUGUAGUUCAACAACGCUGCAUUCCCAAGUGGCGAGACAUGGAUGACCAGAUCGUGUACCCCUAUCUAUCUCAUCCACGAUCCAUAUCUAACUCCGCCAAACUUGUAUCCUGUGGACCUGAUCACCAAGAUACCUGUAAUGUAUCAGAAGUGGUAUCGCGUGUCAAACUGCUGUGGACUGAGAAUCAUAUCUCCCAACUUGCAAAUGGAAAGCCAUCCUCGAUUUGCGAUUUGGACUUACCCUCAUUACGUGCUCAACGUCACAGCUGUGGUGUCUCUGAAGACAGCAUGGUUGAAUUGCUUCCACAAGACUUGGCUUCUUUUUCACCUAACUCCGAAAGCAAGGAUUUUCGUGCUUCAAUUCAUGACUUCAAUGGAUCUCAUCAAUGGACAGUUCCCAGCACCCUGCUACCUCUGGACCAACAUCGACUUGACAACGUGCCGUUCACUCUGACCUUCUGGAUGAACCACUCCGUUAAUGCAGUAGCUGGGAGUAGAGGGAGAGAAAAUCUGCUCUGCUGUGCUGACAAUGAAGGUAAUGCUAUAUGUUUUGUCUGAUACGAUUCAUGUAUCCCUCCAAUACAGUUU